UCAACUGGUCGACCUCCGUAAAAAGCGCCGUACGGACAUCGUGGUGCUCGCCGGGGACUUGAACGCGCAGGUCGGUAGACUUAAUGUUGACGAAAGUAAACUCGGUUGUCAACAUGGUCCUGGCACUCGCAAAACUGACAACGGUAAUUGACCACUUCAGCUUUGUGCCCAUCACGGCCUCUUUCUGUCGAGCACUAGCUUUCGAAGAUCCUGGCACCAACGCGCCACCUGAAGCCCCCUAUCACCUGGCCAGCCGUGGACACAAAUUCGCCACAUCGUCAUUAGCUAUCGCUGGCGGAAUAGCAUACAGGAUUGCAAAUCAAUCUGGAGUACCUAUCUCAUUACGGAUCACUCGCCGGUGUAUGCCAAGGUUGCGCUACGUUUUGGUGGCUUCCAGCAGCGUCGCCAGAAACGGCUUGACGUAGCUAAGUUUUCUGCUCCAAACGUUCCCCGCGCAUUUCAGGAUGCGUUGGCCUCACGGCUGAAGUCUGCCUCAUGCAUAGACAUUGAAACACACUGGGCAUGUAUCCUCGGCGCCAUGUACAACUCUGCAACCCUAAUCUGUGGUUUCACUAGUGGUCCUGUCAAUCACUGGAUCUCUGCACGAUCGCUCCAACGACUCGAAGCCCGUCGAGCAAUUCCUGCUAGCGUUAAGUACCAUUCACUAUGCAAGACUAUCAACACUGAGCUCAAACAGCUUCUUUGGGAAGCUCGCGAGGUCUGGUAGACGCAGCGUGGCAUUG